GGCGAAAGCGCCAGAGAGCGUGUGUGAAUAGACGCAUUGUGGGGGCUGCCGCCUGCCUGUCUGGUUUAGUGUGUAUGUCGGUAUGUGUGUGUGUGUGUGUGUGUGUGUGUGUGGGGCCUCGGCAUGCUUUUCUCUUCCGUGUCGUUUGUGCCACACGCACUCCCCAUCGUCGCUGCCUGCUGGCUGACACGCCGCGCGGACGGGCAGGAGGACAUUACCGGCGACGGCGAGCUGCCCCCGCUCGUCUACACUCGCCGCUCGCUUUCGGCAAGCCCACGCCGGCGACCGUCAAACAACAACAACGACGACGACAACGCAAAGUCCUCGCCAUGCCCCAGACUGGCAAAUCGAGAAACGCCCCGCCGGUGUCGGACUCCCCGCGGCCCCAAACGGGGGCCUCGGCUGGGGAUCCAGAAGGACUCCGAGAUGACGAGGGGGACGCCGGACGGGACAACCGAGGAGACGAGGACAUCGUCAAAUCUCCAAAUGAUCCCAAACAGUACAGGUACGUUGUGCUGGCCAACGGGCUGCGCGCUCUGCUCAUCUCGGACUACGGCGGCCCGGCCGUGUCCAAAGACGACGAAGAAGAGGAGGAGGAGGAGGAGGAGGGGGAAGAAGAAGGUGACGAAGAGGAGGAGGAAGACGACUCGAGCGAAGAAACGAUGGCCGAGUCGGAUGAGGGUGGCGACAAAGAUGAUGACCGGGAGGGGAGGAAGAAGAGAGGAAAUGCAGAGAAGCAGUCUGCAGCCGCCUUGUGUAUCGGAGUGGGCAGCUUCAGUGACCCCAGCGACCUCCCCGGCCUUGCCCACUUUCUGGAACACAUGGUUUUCAUGGGCAGUGAGAAGUACCCCUCGGAAAACGGCUUUGAUGCCUUCCUCAAGAAGCACGGCGGCAGCGACAACGCCUCCACCGAUUGCGAGAGGACCGUCUUCCAGUUUGACGUGCAGAGGAAAAGCUUCAAAGAGGCGCUCGACAGGUGGGCUCAGUUCUUCAUCUGCCCCCUGAUGAUCCGAGAGGCUAUCGACAGGGAGGUGGAGGCCGUCGACAGCGAAUACCAGCUGGCCAAGCCGUCCGAUUCGCACAGGAAGGAGAUGCUGUUUGGCAGUCUGGCCAAACCGGGACACCCCAUGGGCAAAUUCUGCUGGGGGAACGCGCAGACUCUCAAGCAAGAGCCCAACAAGAAGAAGAUCAGCGUCUACAAGCGACUACGAGCCUUCUGGGAAAGACACUACUCUGCACAUUACAUGACCCUGGCUGUCCAGUCCAGAGAAAAGCUGGACACCCUGGAGAUGUGGGUGCGCGAGAUCUUCAGCCAGGUGCCCAACAACGGCCUUGCCAAGCCAGACUUCUCCAACAUGCUGGAUCCCUUUGACACGCCAUCUUUUAACAAACUAUACAGAGUCAUCCCCGUUCGCAAGGUGCAUGCCUUAAAUAUCACUUGGGCGCUCCCCCCUCAAGAAAAGCACUACAGAGUGAAGCCUCUUCACUACAUAUCGUGGCUGAUUGGCCACGAAGGCCCAGGAAGCAUCCUCUCAACGCUUAGGAGGAAGUGCUGGGCCGUCAAUCUUUUCGGAGGCAACAGCGAAAGCGGCUUUGAUCAAAACACCACCUACUCCAUUUUCUCCAUCUCCAUCACGCUCACCGACGAAGGUUUCCAGAACUUCUACCAGGUGACCCACCUGGUCUUCCAGUACCUGAAAAUGCUGCAGAUCCUCGGACCGCAGAAAAGGAUAUACGAAGAGAUUCAGAAGAUCGAGGCCAACGAAUUUCGCUAUCAGGAGGAGAGCGACCCUAUCGAACACGUGGAGGACAUCUGUGAGAACAUGCAGCUCUUCCCCAAGGAAGACUUGCUGACGGGAGACCAGCUGAUGUUUGACUUCAGUCGCGAGGUGAUUGGUGCAGCGCUGUCCCUGCUCACCCCCGAGAAAGCCAACCUGAUGCUGCUGUCGCCAGAACACGAGGGCCGUUGUCCCCUCAGGGAGAAGUGGUUUGGAACACAAUACAGCGUGGAGGACAUCCAAGCAGAGUGGAUGGAGCGAUGGACAGGAAAUUUGGAGCUGAGUCGCCAGCUUUUCCUUCCUGCGGAGAACAGGUUCAUCGCCUCCAACUUCACCCCGAAGCCUUCAGACUACGCCGAUGCCGAGUUCCCAGUGCGCAUCGCCAGCAGUGACACAGGCUGCCUGUGGUACAAGAAGGAUAACAAAUUCAAAACUUUCAAAGGCUAUAUCAGAUUUCACCUUAUCUCUCCUGUAAUCCAGCAGUCUGCUCAGAACGUGGUGCUAUUCGACCUGCUGGUCAACAUCCUGGGCCACAAUCUGGCCGAGCCCGCUUAUGAAGCCGAGGUGGCCCAGCUGGAGUAUAAACUGGUGGCGGGCGAGCAUGGCCUGGUGAUCAAGGUCAAAGGAUUUGAUGACAAAUUGCCCCUUCUCUUCCGCCUGAUCAUUGACCACCUGGCUAACUUCAAGGCCCCUCCAGACGUCUUCAGCAUGUUCUCGGAGCAGCUGAAGAAAACCUACUUCAACAUCCUCAUCAAGCCCGCCAAGCUGAACAAGGACGUGCGGUUGUUGAUCUUGGAGCACGGGCGCUGGUCCAUGGUGGACAAGUACCAGGCGCUCGUGGCCGGCCUCACCAGUGACCAGCUGACGGACUUCAGCCGAAGGCUCAAGGCCGAGCUGUACGCCGAGGGCCUGGUGCAGGGCAACUUCAGCCGUGACGAGUCGCAAAGCUUCCUGCAGUACGUGACAGACAAGCUGCAGUUCUCCAAGCUGCCAGUGGAGGUGCCAGUGACGUUCCGAGUGGUGGAACUGCCGAGGCAGCACCACAUCUGUAAAGUCAAGUCUCUGAACAAGAGAGACGCCAACUCCGAGGUCACAGUCUACUACCAGUCUGGAUCCAAAGAUUUGAGGGAGCACACGCUGAUGGAACUCUUAGUGAUGCUUAUGGAGGAGCCUUGUUUUGACUUCCUUCGCACCAAAGAAACACUGGGGUACCAUGUCUACCCCGCCUGCAGAAACACUUCGGGCGUUCUGGGUUUCUCCAUCACAGUGCAAACGCAGGCCUCCAAGUUCAAUACAGAGCUGGCCGAGUUAAAAAUUGAAGAGUUCCUCGCUUCAUUUGGUGAGACGCUCAGCACGCUGACUGACGAGGCCUUCGACGCUCAGGUGAGCACUCUGAUGAAGCUGAAGGAGUGUGAGGACACACACCUGGGUGAGGAGGUGGACAGAAACUGGACCGAAGUGCUCACACAGCAAUACAUGUUUGACCGACUCAACAGAGAGGUUAAGGCCUUGAAGCAGAUUAGCCGCGGCGAGCUGCUCUCCUGGUACCGCCAACAUCGAGGACCUUACAGCCGCAAACUCAGUGUACACGUGGUGGGUUUCGGCGCUGAGGAGGGCGACGAGCUCAACGAUGAUGAGACGGCGGGACUCCCCGCCCAGGGUGAAGGCUCUGGGAGCUCGGCUUACGGAGAGGUGUCCAAGCUCACCUUCCUGGCGCCCUCACCAAAGAUGAUGGGCGCCAUUGCCAUCAUGGACAUUAAUGCCUUCAUCCGAGAGCUGUCCCUCUUCCCCUAUAGCACUGUUUAUUAGCUUUGUGUGGAAUUAAGCGUGCAAAGGAAUACUUGAAGUGAUAAGUUAAUUGCUCUGACUUAAUAAAGUCACUUUUCCACAUUGAA